AUGUCAUGGGGAUUUCCGGUGGUGAUGUGCCUAUACAUACCCACAGAGACAUCCUCUCCAACCUCACACCUUCACAUUUCUUCUCUCUUGAGCGCUCAAUCAAUGACUGCGGCUGGUAGCGGCAGUUUCCAGGACGGACGUAUUGCCUCGAAGCGUCUCAUGAUGCUCGUGGCCCUACUUCUCGUCUCCUGCUGUCUCGGCCAUGGCUUCGGCGAUGAGGAUCACGGCGAGGUGGAGGGAAUCGGCAGCAGUUGCAUGGAAAGCGAGAGGCGAGCUCUCCUCGCCAUCAAAUCUGAUAUGUACGACCCCGACAACUGGUUUUCUUCUUGGACCGGCAAAGACUGCUGUGGGUGGAGAGGUGUGGCCUGCGACCACACCACCGGCCAUGUCACCAAGCUCGACCUCCGCUACCCCUACACAUACGAAUUGUGGGAUAUGUUUAACGAUGGGGAAAGAAUAGGCGUGAGCAAGGUAAAUCCAUCUUUGCAAGAACUGAAGCAAUUGAAGUAUUUGGAUUUGAGCAUGAAUAACUUCUCCCACGCCCCUGUGCCCAAAAUGAUCGCUUCACUAGUCCACUUGGAAUAUCUCAACCUAUCUUAUGCCAUGUUCGAUGGACCAAUUCCACCUCAGCUGGGGAACCUCUCCAACCUACACUAUCUCGACCUUCAACGAUGGUAUGAUGAUGAUUUUCUACAUGUUGAUGAUCUCGAUUGGCUCUCCCGUAUUCCUUCUCUAAAAUAUCUUGACAUGAGUUAUGUCAACCUCUCCAAAGCAACCAAUUGGUUCUACAUAAUUAAUUCAAUCCCCACACUUGAAGUGCUACAUUUGUUUGAUGUAGACCUGCCAUAUGUUCCAUCUCCUUUGCCCCCUUUUAAUCUGACAGACAUUGCUACGUUGGAUCUGUCUUUGAAUUCUAACAUCAGGUCUGCCAUGCUAAGAUGGCUUUCUAACGCCACCAGCCUCGAGAACCUCCUUCUUUCUGGCUGUGGGAGUCUCACUAUCGAGUCGGUACAAGCUGCUCUCGGAGCUCUCAGUAAUCUGAAGGGAUUGGAUUUGUCAGACAACUUGUUUAAAGGAGAAAUUCGUGAAAUUCUGAACAAUGUCAGUAGCAGGGGCCUGAAGCACUUGGAUUUGAGCUCCAAUCAAUUAUCUGGAGAUAUUCCUCCAGGGAGCCUUAGAGACCUGGAGUACCUAGACUUAUCAUUGAAUUUAAUUGUCGACGUGCAUAUCUUAGCUUCUCUGGGGAAUCUCACAAACUUGCGACAUUUAUGGUUGUCGGGCAAUUCAAUCAGUGGAGAAAUUCCACCAAUCGUGGGAGAUUCUGUCCGAUUGGAGUACCUAGAUUUGUCCUUUAAUGGCAUCAUUGGAAAAAUACCACAGAGCAUCGGCAACCUCACCAACUUGGAGCAAAAUUUCCUGAUUGGAUUCAGACUCAACAGCGACUGCAAGGGCUUUAUCUAUCUGGAGUUGGGGUCUCAGGUAUUGGAUCUUUCUUCCAACAAUCUAACCGGUAGUCUACCAUCAUCUCUAGCAAAUUUCAGCGCCAUGGUUGAGAUGCACACACGGUCAUUUCAUGAAGAUUGCCCUGUUUAUCGAACUCCACCAGACGCCAGAGUAAAACAUGAAGAUGAUGAGAAGCUGGACAAAUUAUUGGAGUGCACUAGUAUUGUGGUUGGCUUCUGGCUGUUUAUUGGCACUCUCAUCAUGAAGCAGGCCAUCAGAUUCGCUUUCUUCCGAUGGAUCGACAAAACCAGCGACUGGAUCUAUGUUCAGUUUGCAGUAAAUCUUGCGAAGCUCAAAUCCAAAUGGCAAACGAUGACAUGA